UGUCUAUCGCGCGAAUGCGAAGAUGAAUUCGAGUGAGAAGCGACAUUUUAUGGAAGAAGACAACGAAAAUAACGUCAAUAUAUCCAACACAGCUGGUAAAAAAACAGUCAAGAAAGAUUUGGGAUAUGUAGAAGGAGCCAUCGUGCGCAUCAAAUUAGAAAACAUAUUGACCUAUGACUCCGUUGAAUUCAGCACUGGACCUUUCUUGAAUGUUAUCAUUGGUCCUAAUGGUACUGGGAAGUCAACUAUUGUAUGUGCAAUAUGCCUAGGUCUUGCUGGGAAGACAGCAUGGCUUGGCAGAGCCAGUCAGCCCGCAGACUUCAUCAAGUAUGGCCACGAAAGAGGAAAGAUAGAGCUUGAAUUGUACAAUCCUAAGGGUGAAAACCAUAUCAUCCAGCGAGAGAUUCAUAAGGAUAAAUCGCUGUGGACAGUAAAUGGUCGAAAAGCUAACAUAAAGAGUGUGGAGCUGAUGGUCAGUAACCUGAACAUCCAGGUAGGCAACCUGUGCCAGUUCCUUCCACAGGACCGUGUUGCAGAGUUUGCCAAAAUGACACAGCAGGAGCUUCUUGAGAAUACUCAGAAAGCGGUGAGUGAAGACCUGUAUGAGCUCCACCAGAAGCUGAAGGAGGCUAGGAAGGACAGUCGACAGAUGGAGCAAAGCUGUGAGAGUGUUGAGGGGCGCCUUCAGCAGGAGCAGCAAAAAAACUCGCGACUCGAACAGGAUGUGAAAAAUUUUGAAGAACGUCAGAUUCAUCUUGAGAAAGUCAGAGUUCUAAAAAUGAAAAGACCCUGGGUGGAAUAUGAAGAAAAGAGAAAGCAGUAUUUAGAAGAGAAGAAACUGCGUGAUGAGAAGGAAGAAGAAGUAAAGCAGGCAAGAUCACAGCAUGAACCACUCCAAGAGAAAAUGGAGACAGCAAAGAGGGCAAAAGAUGACUUUGAUGCACAAAUGAAAAAAAAGUCAACUUCAAUCAAAGAUUGUGCGAACAAAGUGCGAGACAGCAGUCAACAACUGGAAUCCCUCACAGACAAGAUUGCAGAUGUUCAGAAAGACCUUGACUACAAACAACAGGAAGAGGACUCUCGCAAGAGAAAAGCUGUAGAUAUGAGAAACCAACUCCAAGCAAUGGAGAGUGAACUGGCACAAGUUGAUGAUGUGCAAGACCAUCAGCAAGAAGCUGAAAAGCUUGCGCAGGAGAUACGGGGUGUAAACCGAGAGAUGACACAGGUGCAGCAUUCCGGCAAUACUAUACGCAUGGAGGUGGACAACUUACGCAGGGAAAUACAAGGCAGUCAACAGGAGCUAAAUCAGAUCCAAGACAUCAGUAGACGGCGGUUGGAGACACUUCGUCAGAGACACAGACAUACAUAUGAUGCUGUGAUGUGGCUAAGGGAGAACAAGAAUCGGUUUUGUAAAAAGAUAUACGAACCUAUGAUAUUAUGUCUUAACAUGAAGAACGCAGGAGAUGCAAGAUAUGUUGAAAAUCACAUCAGUUUCAAUGACCUGAGAGCCUUUGUGUGUGAAGAUCCUAAUGAUUUGGAUCUUUUCAUGUCAACUAUGAGAGAUGAACAGAGGCUGAAAGUAAAUGUGGUCAAGAUGCCAGUAGAAACAGUGGAAUCGUUCCGACCUCCCCAGCCACUAGCAGAAUACAGCAAAUAUGGCUUUUCAAGCUUCCUGAAAGAUCUGUUUGACUGUCCUGAUGCAGUGAUGCGUUUCUUGUGCAUGCAGUACCAGGUGCAUAAAAUUGUUGUCGGAGACGAGCGGGUCAAGUCCAAUGUUAACAGAGUCAUCCAGAAAAACCCUGAACUACAUGUUUUCUACACGAGAGAUACACAAUAUACAAUAAAGAGAUCUCGAUAUGGAAACAAAGAGAUAUCUGCUAGAAACACCAAACUAAGAGACCCUGUGUUUCUGGCAGUGUCGAUGGAUGUUCAGAGACAGCAUGAGUUGAAGAAACAGAUACAGACGUGUCAGCUCAAGUUGCAAGGUUUGGAAGAACAGUACAACGGCCUUCAAAGCAAGUCAAAGGACUUGGAAUCUCAUAUGAAUAAACUGAGAGAGAUCAAGAAAGAUGUAAAUAAGAGAAAAGACCAAAAGAAGCGCCUGCAGUAUCAGAUUAAUGCCAAAAAAGAAAGCAUUCAACGGAUUGAAGCUGAGACCAUUGACAUGGACAUCGAAGCAGAAAAAGCCAGGAAAAUGGUUCAAGAGAUAGCUUUCCAGAAAUGUGGCCUCCUCAGACAAUUAUGCAUCAAUACCCGGAAAUGCUUUGAACUAAGUCAAGAAAAAGUUCGACUGAGUCUGAAGCAUUCUGGAGCAAUUUAUGAGUAUACAAGUUUUGAAGCAGAGCUGAGAGACCAAAGCCAGUCAUUACAGGGAAUUGAGAGACAUCUACAGGAGUUGAAGGAAGGCUUGAAACGAACUCGGGCAAUAGCGAAGACAUUGUUAGACAGAGCCAAAGUUGCUACAGGCACUGGACCAAAUGAAGAGUUGUCACCUGAUUUAAAGAAGGCAUUUGAACAAUGUCCUCCUCAUCUGGAAGAAAUAGAUGCUCAGAUACAUGAGCAACAGGCACGAGCAGACUGUACCUUUCAAGUGGAUGAGAGGGUUGUGAGGGAGUUCCAGCAACGCAAGAAAGAAAUACAUCGCCUGCAAUGCGAUCUUGAGAAACGAACAAGAGAACGUGAUAAUCACCACCAUGAAAUCGAGGAGGCUAAGCGGAACUGGCUGGGACCUCUCAAAGAACUAAUUCAUCGCAUAAAUGACAACUUUGGUUAUUUCUUCACAUGUAUGAAGUGCACUGGAGAAGUUGAUAUCAAUAUUCCAGAAAAUCCAGAAGACUAUGAAAAAUAUGGAGUCAGGAUAAAAGUGAAAUAUCGUGAUGGUGAACCACUGAGAGAGUUGACCCCUCAUCAUCAGAGUGGAGGUGAAAGGAGUGUGGCUACUGUUCUUUACAUGAUGGCGCGCUACAAGAACUAGCCAAAUCCCCAUUCAGAUGUGUGGAUGAAAUCAAUCAGGGUAUGGAUCCUAUCAACGAGAGGAAAGUGUUUGAGCUGGUUGUCCAGACAGUUUGUAAAAAGUCCACCUCCCAGUAUUUUCUGCUGACACCCAAGCUGCUGCCAGACCUGGAGUAUGCAGACAAUAUGACAGUCCUCGGAAUUUACAGUGGCCCUCACAUGAUGAACCAUACAGAAUGGAAUGUCCGCAAGUUCCUUCGAAGACGAGAAAAACUCUCAGAAAGAGUUGUUUGAGGAGAAUCACUGAAUUCAUUGAACAUGAAGGAAAUAGUUUAUGUCCUACUGUCUAUGAUGCUGUGGAUUCAAGGCUUGUAUUAGAAAGACUUGGUUCUGAGGUACCAUGAAUUACGUGAAGGAAAAUGUACCUUUGAUUGAAGUAAUUAUCAAAAAUUACAAAUCUUCAUAAUAUUAUGUUUGGCUUGACUGGUUCUUUUCCACUUUUGACAUUUCUGAAACCACAAGUAAUGUGAAGAAAUUUCAUCAAAGCUCUAAAUCAAGUUGAAAGUUUUCAUUUUUGCGAUUACUAUUACUGUUAGUUAUUUCUCCACAUAAAAUUAUUUACAUAAAUUCAGCUAAAUCCUGUGAAGUUAUUAUUAUUUUUUAAUUAUAGGAUAUUUAUAUUGCACACAUAUCCAGGCAACUAGCACAACUCCCCGGAGAGCAUACAACUCUUGCAGCUACUAGGCGCACCUAAUUAUUGCAGGUUUCUCAUCCUUGCGAGGUACCCAUUCACAGCUGGGUGGACUGGGACACAUAGUCACAGUACUUUGUCCAAGUUUACUGCACCUUGCUGUACCCGCAACUAGGUGUUUGAACAUAUUUAUGUGGCCAC